AUGUUGUUCACGACUGCUUUCCUCGUUGCGGCGACCAUGGUUGGUGUUUCGCAGGCGCAAACACCAACAGGCUUUACGCCUUCCGUCAAAACUAAGUUAGAUGUGUUGUUUAAUUCGACGGCGGUGAAUACUCCUGGGCAGCAGUUGACGAAAGCUGCAACGGCAUCCCAGCCCCAAAUCGCAAUCACAAAUGCAAGCAGCUCCGAAACCUUCAUGUUCGUCAUGUUAGAUCUCGACGUGCCUGGACAAGGAGGCAACGCAACCCGCCGCACACUCCUCCACGCCAUGGUCACUAACUUCAAAGCAACCUCGCAACGAGUGCUCGGCUCUAGCUCCACUGCAACCUCCUCGACUCUCUUACUCUCCUCCCAAAAAGGGCCCGCCAGCUAUCUAGGCCCCUCACCGCCUGCCACCGACACCAAAGCACACCGUUACGUUGAACUGCUAUUCCAACAGCCCGCAAACCUCAACGUGCAGGCCUCGGACUUCGCAAACACCCAGGCUAGAAUCGGCUUUGAUAUCAACGCAUUUAUGAAGACUAAUGGGAUUAAAGCCCCACUGGCUGGGAAUUUCUUCACCGUGGAUGGCAGGGCAAAUGGGGCGGCGACGGGCUCUGGGACGGCGACGGGAAGUGGUGGGAUUGCGAAGAACACCUUGCAGCCGUUUACGGGUGCAUCCGGGAGGGUGGGUGCAUCGCUGGGAUUGGCAGUAAUAUUUGGAGGAUUGGCGUUG